GCACUUGAUGGUGAUCUUCGAGAUGUGGUGGAGAACUUCGAGGGUCGAAUGCUGCAGGAUGCCGACGUCUGGUCUCGACGUAAGUAUCUUGAGUUUCUUCGGGAGCUGCAUGAUCGGGGCAUCCUGUGCUUCACUGAGGAGGAAUCGGCCAGCGCCACCUUCAAAACUUUGGGAGGUGUGAUCGACGGGUGUGCUGGGGAAAUCCGGGCAACCAUAGAAAGGGCAUGGAAGAUCAAGCUCGCUUUUCAACAAGUUACCAAGCGAAGACAGCGUGUCAUGAAAGUGGACACCAUCCCGGUUUCCAAGAAAACAAAGAGCCGAGUGUUGAAGUCAGACAAGGUGAUCAAGCCGGUCACCCCGGGCGCAAGAAGAUCAGUGCAGAGAAUCCCGGCAGAGAAGGAGUUGAUGGUUGGAAGGCGGGCGCAAAAUUGCAUGAUGACGAUCCUGGAGGAGCGUUCUGUGAGCAGCGAAGUGCAGCACCAGUACAAGAACUAUUAUGCAAUGUUCCAGGGUUUCUGCCAAACUUCCGGAAUAAGUUGGCCCACCGGGGACAACACAGAUGCGAUCUUGGCAGACUUCCUGGACUGUCUAUUCGUAGACGGAAAGUCUGCGAGCGAGGGGGAGAAGGUUGUGGCGUCAGUGGAGUUUUUCAACAUAUCCCAGAAGGGGCGUCUUCCGCGCAGCCGUACACCUCUAAAAGGGUGGAGGAAAGAAAAGCCACCCCAGUGCCGGCUGCCGCUACCAGCGCUGUUGGCGAAGGGCAUGUCGAUGGUGCUGGCAGGCAGAGGGGAGAUGCUCAUGGCAACAAAGCUGAUGAUAGACCACGACUGCUUCCUCAGACCUGGAGAGAGUAUCGAGCUUCGCGGAAAAGACCUGGUGGCGCCGGUUCCGGGAGGAGGGCCGCAGUACCGACAUUACAGUCUGGUCAUCCGCGAUGCCGAAGACGGGAAGCCAGACAAAGUCGGUGUCUUCGACAACAGUGUGCCUCUCAGCAGCCCAGGCAGAGAGUUUCUUGGCAGAGUGUUGCGCAAGUAUGUGAAGAGGCGCAAGUCCAAGAACGACUUCAUCUACCCCUUCAACAGUGCCGAGUUCAGAAGAGAGUUUGCAGCAGCUGGGGCAGCUCUGGGGGUUCCAGGGCUCCACCCCUACCAGCUGCGCCACGGCGGCGCAGCCGAAGAUCUGCAAACGCGAGCUCGGGAUCGCGCUGGAGUGAAAGCGCGGGGCCGUUGGCACACGGACCAGAGUGUGCGACGGUACACGAAAGUGGGGAAGAUUCAGCAAUUGCUGAACAAACUUUCGUCAGAAAACAUGGAGUUCUGUCGAUGGCCGAGUCAAAACCUCGAGCGUGUUCUGCAGGGGACGAUCGCAGCAAGAAUGCCAUGUUGA